AUUGUCAUCUCCCAACAUAUCAACCCUUGUCCCUGUUCGUCAUCACACACACUUUCUCUCUCUAGAUUUCUCUCUCUCUGGAUUUUUUUUUCUCUUUCGCAUUACAGCUAUCGUAUUUCUGUCUCUGCCAUUGCGAAAGGGACGCUGAAAAAAAAGAUACAUAUAUAAAAUAAAUAAAACACACAACACAACAGCCUAUAAACCCUGCGACGAGGUUUUCUAAGGGACGAAAAAUAAACCAGAGAGUCUCAGGAAGAAAACAAGGGAAUCAAUCACACAACACAAUAACAAGAACGGGUCUUUGAAGAGAUUGGACCAAAGGGUCAAGUGGGCCAUUUUCAGUUUUUUCUACCAUUCAUUCAUUUUCCUUGUUCAGGAAGGGCGAUUGAUUUUGCAGGUGUUUGAAGUUUUCGCUUGGACAAACAUCAUAUCUUUGAGUUGUUCUGUUCUGUCUCUGUUUUUGUGAGAUUUACGUUUUACCAUGAGGAGAAGUUAACACAUACUACUUCUCCCCUUGUUUCUCGGAAGAUUUUCUAAGAUGGAAUCCGUUAAGCCAUCAUCAGUGACACCAAGCAAAAGCAAGUUGGCUCGCACAUUUGCCAAAGUUCUUCACGUUAGAGCAGUGACAGGAAUUGCACCAGUUGAUGGACUGAAUAACGUUAAAGGGGAUGCAGAUCUCAAAAAUGAAGGAAAUGUAAUCAAAGAAGAUGAAGAGCUUCAGAAAAGAAAGGCCACAGAAGCUUUGCUUGCAAAAGCAUUUGCUAGCAUUUCAACGGUGAAAGCUUCUUAUGCUCAGCUGCAGCAUGCUCAGUCUCCCUAUGACCCUGAUGUAAUUCAAGCUGCUGAUCAAUUGAUAGUCUCGGAGUUCAAGACCUUGUCUGAGCUAAAACAUUGUUUCUUUAAAAAGCAAUUUGAUCCUUCACCUGAUAGAGCAAUUCUUCAAGCUAAAUUGAAGGAGCUGGAGAGUGUGAACAAAACAUUUGAGAUCACAGGGAAGAAGUUAGAAUCACAGGCUCGGCUCAAGGAAUCUGAGAUUAUAUUUCUUCAAGAAAAGCUAGAGGAGACUAACAAGCAGAGCAGGUCAAUUGAGAAGAAGUUAAAUCAAAGUGGAUCAUUAUCAGUUCUUGACAACCUCCACAUUUCAGGACUAAGUCCUAACCAUUUUCUUACUGUUCUUCGCCACACCGUUAGGUCCAUUCGAAACUUUGUGAAGUUGUUAGUGAACGAGAUGAGAUCAGCAGAUUGGGACAUUGAUGCUUCAGUGAAUGCCAUUAUCGAGCAGAAUGUGGUGUACUGGAAAGAAGAUCACAAAUGUUUUGCAAUUGAGUCCUUUGUGUGCAGGGAGAUGUUUGAUUCUUUCAACUUCCCUAACUUCUCCCUGCCCAACGAAUCCCUGCCAGAUAAAAACAAGAGGCAACUGUUCUUUGGGAGGUUCAACGAGCUAAAACCAGUGAAAGCAAUGGAGUUUCUUUCAGGGAAGCCAAGGUCACCCUUUGCAAAAUUCUGCAGGAUCAAGUUCUUGAAACUUGUUCAUCCCAAGAUGGAGGCAUCAUUCUUUGGCAACGUGAAUCAGAGGAACAUGCUGAAUGGUGGAGAGUUUCCUGACACGAACUUCUUCACCUCAUUUGCUGAGAUGGCCAAGAGGGUGUGGCUUCUACACUGUUUGGCCUUCUCCUUUGAACCUCAAGCUUCAAUCUUUCAAGUGGAGAAGGGAUGUAGAUUCUCUGAUGUGUACAUGGAGAGUGUGAGUGAAAAUGAUGAAGAAAUGACAGUGGAAUCUGAGCCAAGAGUUGCUUUCACUGUUGUUCCAGGCUUUAGGAUCGGUAAAACUCUAAUACAGUGCCAAGUCUACCUCUCACAAGUCAUGGUAAAAAAAUCCACAUUCAGAGAGCAAAAAAGAAGGUAGUAGUAGUAGUAAUAGUAAUAGUAGUAAUAACAGUAAUAACAGUAGCAGUAGUAACUACUGGUGAUUUCAUCGGUGGUUGACCCCACCAUGCAAUAGGUUGUUGAAGUGGAAACCAAUGUUUUUAGAUGAACUUUUGGGAGAGACAUGGCUUGUGCAGUGCAUGACUCUGCUUGUGGGGACUCACCCUGCCAUGGAUCAAUGAGGGCAUUUUCUUGUCCAUUUGUAUUUUGGUCAGUUUCAAAAGGAAGCGUGUGAACUGUUGCAUUGGAAAGUGUCCUUUUUGUUCAGAAUGUUUUUUUUUUCUUCUUAAUAUAAAGUUUAAUUAAUCAAAUGGUUGUC